CGAGCAAUCAAGUAGAAAAUUGAGCUCCUAUUACUACGUCGUGACCCUGGGAACCCCAUUUGCAGACCGCCAACGACGACGAAGAGCAAGGCUUAUAGGGCGGUGUUAUUUCAUGGACGGCGGUGCCCAAAAGCUUUUGGAAUCUGUGACGAUUAGGACCCUUCAUGCACAAAACUUUUCUCGUUCUUCAACUCAAGCUUCACUAGUUCUCACCGACCUCCUCGCUCGGUACUUAACAUUGUUGACCUCAGCCUGUGCAAAAUAUGCGGAACAUGCUGGCAGAACGCGUAUUACAGCGAAGGACGCGGUGACAGCUCUGGAAGAGUUGGGUGUGAGCGUCGAAGAGCUACAUGAGUUCGGCAGUACUGAAGGCGUCGAACUCAAUCGUUACGCGCUUUUCAAAUCCUUGCGCAGGGUUGAAGAUCUGAAGGAGUUCCAAGCCCAACUUUCGGAUGGUUUAAGGGCUGACCUCGACGAUGCCAUUCCCUUGCACUAUGCAUAUGUGUCACCAGAACUUGCACAAGUUCUUGAAGAAGAGGGGGAGGGAGGGGAUGAUGAAGACUCCCUUUUUGCAGCUGAUGAUUCAUCUAUGGCUAUGGAUGGGUCCGAAUCUUUCCCGAGUGUAUCCAGACUCGAUCUCUCCUUAGCAGAUCCCCUGUCUCCCUCGCGAAAACGACAGAGGACUUGGGACUGGAAUCCUCCCGAUCAUGUUCCAUCAUUCUUGCCACCCUUUCCUUCUACGUCGGAAACAUCUUCUACUCCACAUCCUCUUCGAAUACCUCCUACCGAGCUGCCGCCUAACCCAACAGAAGGCGCAGGGAUCAAUCAACCACCAUCUCCUCCUCCAAUAACUUCAACGCAGCCGCCGCAGCCUCCGGCUCUUACCUCCACCUCAGCCGCGGCUUCAGACUACCUUGUCCAAGUUCCCUACACCCAAUCCACUAUUUCAAAUGUUUCUGAAUGGCAUCUACCCUCUGCUCCUCCAGACUCCACUUCUUCAUCACGCCCUGAACCACGUUGGGCCACUCCGGCAAUAGAGCCGUCAUUGAUUGCUGCCUAUCAUCACAUUCUCACUCACCCACCGCCUCCCAAUGCUACUCAUAUAGCCAAUCCUCAGAGGCACAAGGUUGCGAUGGCGUUGUUGGCUCUCACGCAGAGUGCCUCGCGUUGGGAACUUCCUGAUACCCUCUUUUCGACGCUCGCAACCAAUCAACCUCGAGUGGCCUCCAUCGGCCCUACAUAUCCAGUGUUGAUUGCUGAUCACCUUCCGGCAGAAGGGGUGAAGAAAGGCGAAAAAGAGUUCAAGUUUCCUGCCACAGCGCCCCGUUCUGUCGCUACAACUGAACGUAUAUCUCAGUCAGUUAUUCAGCAAGGAUCAAGGAUCCCCGAACUCGCCCGCCAUGUCCUACCGCCAACUAUUUUAUCUCGCACAAAUCGCCUCACUCACCCACCACCACUCACCCGUAACAACAAAACUCUUACUUACGGUGCGGGCAUUCCCGCACCGUGGAAUGUCAAUACCAUACCCCCCGACAACGCUGCUGCUAAUUCUACGAAAGACUCUCAAACUAACGGGAAAAAUGUGCCGCCUCCUGUCCUACCCGAUGCUCGACUCUUCGCUACAUGGGACCACGAACACAAGGACUUUCGAACACCCCUAACCCCUGCCAAACAACGAACUCGAAUGGGCAAUGUUCAGUCGGGCUCAAAUUCGUCAGUCAAUGACCUUGAGCGGAAACCUAGUGCUGGCACAAUAUCAUUAGGUGCCAGAAGUAGAGCUUCCAGUCGGGUCGGAUAACUACGAUUCUAUUUGUUCUCCUUCAAUUGUCGUCGCACACGUUAUUCGCUGUUAUCAUGAUCAUUUCAGGUGGACUUUUUCGUUGUACUGUAACUUGUCAUUUUCCAUAUGUAGAUUGUCUACAUCUAGCUCCUUCCUUACGCUGAAUAUAGUAUCAUAUGGUCGACUAUAAGCUAAA